AUGAGCACAGAAACAGAAGAUAGCUUUUACCAAUCAGACGAUGAUUUAGACGAGGAUGAGGCCACCCAAUACAUCAUCGAACAAAGUCUGAUUCAGUACAGAAAACUCAAAGGAUUAAAUCCAAGUGAUUUAAAGCCUAGUGAAGACCCUGAUGAGAUUUUUAAAGCAAUCAAAGAGGGAGAUGAAGAUGCUUUAAAUAGACUAGCAAUACAACCAGAGACUCUGUCCAGGGUUGAUGAGCGUGGAUGGAUCCCCCUCCAUGAAGCAGCAGUACAGGAAAAUAAAAGGAUACUUGAGAUUAUCUUCUCAGCGUCUCCCCCUGGUGCGGGACAAUGUCGCACACUAAAAGGAGAGACGCCACUGUUUCUUGCUGUAGUUCAUGGGCUCAGAGAGAAUGCCACAUUCCUGUUACAGAACGGCUGUAACCCAGAUCUACAGAAUGAUGAGCAUGAUUCACCAUUAGUGGCUGCUAUUCUAAAUGACCAGUAUGACUUGGCCACUCUGUUGCUUCGCUACAACGCCAGGGUCGACCAAAUAGGACCCCUGAACAGAACAGCGCUUCAUGAGUCUGCCUUUUUAGGCCUGGAGAACUUUGUCUACCUGCUGCUGGAGUCUGGUGCAGAGCCAAAUGCAUGUGACACCAAGAAGAAAACUCCUCUGGCUCUGGCUGCACAGAACGGACAUCUUAAUGUGGUGGAGGUACUUCUACAGAAAGGAGCCCAUGUGCAGAGUGACUCAGAGUCAGGCUCUGUACUGUUUGAUGCUGCUGCAUCAGGAAACCCUGACAUAAUCUCUUUGCUACUGGACCAUGGCGCAGAUCCCAACCUCCCUCUGUACAGCGGGCACCUGCCCAUACACCGUGUGGCAUAUCAUGGACAUGUCCUGGCAUUGGAGCACCUCAUUCCAGUGACUACACCGGAAGCUGUGAAGGAAAGUGGCAUGAGUCCUCUUCACUCUGCAGCUGCUGGGGGCCAUGCCCAUUGUGUGGAGAUGCUGCUCAGAGCAGGCUUCGAUCCUAACUUCAUGCUGCACCCAAGGGUGCGCCGGGGCUAUGAUGACGAGCGCAGGUCUGCUCUCUAUUUUGCAGUGUCCAACAAUGACCUUCAGUGCACUCGCCUGCUGCUGGAGGCUGGAGCUAUGGUGAACCAGGAUCCUAUCAACUGUUUGCAGGUGGCUCUUAGGCAGGGCAACUAUGAAAUGAUCAACACCUUGCUGAAGUUUGGGGCAAACGUCAACUACUACUCGCGUGUGAACACCACCCACUUCCCCUCUGCUCUUCAGUAUGCACUGAAAGAUGAGGUCAUGUUGAGAAUGAUUCUGAACCAUGGUUAUGAUGUUAAGCGUUGCUUUGACUGUCCAUACAGUGACAGCUCCCAUGACUGUGGCCCCUGGACACCUGCAGUCAUCAAAGACAUGGUGUUCUGUGAGGUGAUAACUGUGUCCUGGCUUAAGCACUUAUCUGGUCAGGUGGUUCGCAUCAUGCUUGACUACACUGACUCUGUGUCCCUCUGCACCAAACUGAAGGACACUUUACAGGAGCAGAAACAAUGGCCAGAAAUAUGUGACAUUCAAAGAAAUGCACGGAGCCUGAAGCACCUCUGUCGGUUACGGAUAAGGGAGCAUCUCUGUCGCCUGCGCUUGAGAGCCCCAGCUUUUAUCAACUUCCUCCCUCUUCCUCCCAGGCUGAAAGAUUACUUACGCUAUAAGGAGUUUGAUGUCUACAGCAGAGGAAUUAUGGUCGGCCCAUAGUCAAAACAUAAUUUUGACAAAAAUGUCCCUGUAACAAAGUGGAAAAAAAUCUUUCUGUGUUGCAGAUUUUACAGUGUGCUUUUAUAUUUUGUGUAUGGUGGCUUCUGUGUUUCUUUAUUGGUUAUAAAAAUUGAAGAGCUGUUGUGAGUUCUUUUAUAACUGUUCACUCUGAAAUGAACUUAUAAGGACUUGUUAUGCCUGAUCUGGUUAAAUGAGUUAAAUUUAUACAAAAACUGACUUGACUUCAAAGGAAAACACACUCUGAGUCUUAAUGUAAAUGGGUUUUGUAUUCCAUCCUGUAAA